AGGAAUUACCAAGCACAGGGAACUCCUUUUGGGCAGAGACAAGGCACCAUGCUGAAGAAAUUGCUCCAGGGACGUAUGCUUCUCCCAUUGAUCCUUGUGACUGGGAUUGGAGGUGGCUUCCAAUAUGGAUUCAACAUGUCUUCAAUCAAUGCACCUUCAAUGUUUAUUAAGGAAUUCAUUGCUGAGACUUGGGUCGCUCGCUUUGGCACAACAUUGGAUGAAACGGCCAUCACACUCCUCUGGUGUGUCAUCGUCUCAAUCUAUCCAAUUGGAGGACUGAUUGGAGCUCUGAAUGCUGGGCAUCUCUCCAUAAAGUAUGGGAGGAAGAAUGCUCUGCUUUUCAACAACAUUGUAGCCAUCAUAGCUGCUAUAAUAAUGAUGCUCAGUAAGAAGGGGAAGUCCUUUGAGAUGAUCAUGGUGGGGAGGUUCCUCUAUGGCAUUAAUGCAGGUAUUGGCCUCAACGUUCACAGUAUGUAUCUUGGCGAGAGUGCACCAAAGGAAUUGCGAGGCCUUGUAUCUCUGACCCGAGCGAUGUUUGUUGCCUUUGGUAAAUUCAUUGGACAAGUGGUUGGACUCAGGGAGAUUUUGGGCACUGAGGCAGCCUGGCCAUUGCUGCUAGCCUUCAGUGGCCUGCCUGCCCUCAUUCAGCUGGUGCUGCUGCCAUGGUUCCCAGAGAGCCCCAGAUACCUCCUGAUCGACAAGGGCAACAAGGUCCUCUGUGUGGAAGCUCUGCGGAGACUCUGGGGUCAGGGAGACUUCUUUGAGGAGGUCCAGGAUAUGGAGGCUGAGCAGGCUGCUGCAAAGGGAGAGCGAGCAAAGACUGCCAAGGAGCUGUUCCAAGAUCGCUCAGUACGCUGGCAGCUCAUUACCAACAUCAUGCUGACCAUCGCUAUGCAGCUUUGUGGUAUCAAUGCAAUUUACUUCUACUCUUCUGAAGUGUUCCAGGAAGCUGGAAUUCCUGACUGGACGAUACCAUACGUGGUGCUGGGGGCCGGUGCAACACUUCUGCUGACAUCCAUGGUUUCUGGAUUUUUCAUUGAGCGAGAUGGGAGAAAGGCCUUACUUUGGAAAGGAUACAGCCUCAUGACCCUGUGGGCAGCACUCCUGUGUGUUACUCUGCCUCUGCAGCAUCAGUUCACCUGGAUGCCUUACUGCAGCAUAUUCCUCAUCUUUGCGUAUAUCUUCAGCUAUGGAAUUGGUCCUGCGGGAGUGACUGCGAUCAUCCCUUUCGAAAUCUUCACUCAGUCUUAUCGACCUGUAGCCUUUGUGAUAAAUGGCUCGUUCCAGUGGCUGGGCCUUGUCCUUCUGGGAAUGAUCUUCCCAUUUAUUGUGGAGGGACUGGGCCCAUUCUGCUUCCUGAUCUUCCUGGGUGACUGCCUGAUCAUCGCUGUGUUCAUCUUCAUCAUUCUCCCAGAAACAAAAGGAAAAACUAUCCUGGAAAUCAAUGAGGAGUUUCGGAAAAUCAACAGGAAGAGAAUGGGAGGUAGCUCUGUGGCAGUUCGCAGUAAAGCCCCACAGCAGGAUCCAGAGAUCUUUGUCAUUGCUACCAGACUGUAAGGGGUUAAAAAGGAUAAAAGUGGUGACAAAUUGGUCAUCAGGGAGGAGAAGAAGCAGCACUGCCUUCUGCUCUCAGACCUCAGCACCUUUUACAGCCUGCUUUUGCCAUCAGUGAGUGGAUCUCACCGUGGGGUCCCUCUGGAAGCAAAGAAGAGUCAGGUAUAGAGGCUGUGUGCAAUGGAUGUUAUAUAUUUGAAGACUUAACCCAAAACGACCAAUGGCUCUAAGUGGUUUUGCUGACCACUGCUGGAUAAUGUCUGUAUAUCUGUUUCUCUCUGCAACUUACUCUCAAUGGUGUGUCUCGCUACCCUGAAACUGAGGGAACCUACUGUUAAAGUAUUUCACAAUCUCGGGGCUUCUCAAAGUGACAAAGGAGGUUUAAACUUAGUGCAUAUCAUGUAACUAAUAAGGUUGGUGAGUUACAGACACAAAUUGCCACAUAUAUGGCCUGGUGGCAUUCUAACAGAGCUCAAAUGAGGCCCAUGAAUGGGCUCUUAAUAUGCCUGGUUUUCAAGUUUUCAGGAAUAACAGAGAAGGAGAAAGAGAAGGAGCAUAUAGUGGUCAGGAUUAAAGAGGCUGUUACAGUUCUUGAGAAAAGGCAACUGGCCAGUACAUGACUCCAGACCCACAACAACAUGGUUGAAUUUUAACUGGCCCAUUGUAAAAAAACCACCAGAUCCAACAUGCUUCUCUGUGCUGUUCAUACUGGGCAUUGAUUGGGAACAUUGGUCAGCGGACUUCCCAAAAUAUCUGCUUCUCUUACCAUUACAGCAUCAUAGAUACCUUCAGACAUGGACUUUGUACCAUCAUAUAAGACGGAUGAUAGCAUUUCAACAGCUCCUUGAACAUCCCAUCUGUUCUUUAUUUCCAUGGAAUUCAAAGGCACAAAAAAUCUACUCCCAGGGAAUGAAAAUUCAGGGAUCAAAAAUAUUGGAGGUAUAUCUCAAGAAAGAGUCUACAGCAUCCAAACUGGGAUUCACUGAUUUCUGGUUUACUUUUUUUUGAUAGCUAUAUUAUGUGAGGCUGAAGUGUUUAUAAUUCCAUGACACUUGCCCCUCCACCAUUUAUUUCAGAGCUGUUUCUGAGGGGGAGGGAGGAAGGUAGGAGAACAUUGCAUGGAUUUCUGGAAUUAUGUUUUGUGAUAUAUUUGCUGCCUGGGUAAAACUGUGUAUUUGAGCAAAGAAGUGGACUUGAAUCUUAAAUGAACAUACAGAUAUGAGAAGUAGGCCCCUCAGCCUGUCUAGCCUGGUGUGUCAAUUAACAGGAUUAUGGCUAACUUGAUUGUGGCCUCAAAUGUAUAUACCUGCCUCCCUCAUAAAAAAACCUUUCACUCCCUUUUCAGUCAAGAAUCUAUUAAUCUUUGUCAAACAAAGACUGGGUUGACUUCUUCCUCCACUGCUUUCUGGGGAAGAUAGUUCCAAAGACCUAUGGCCCUCUGAGGAAAAUCUCACCUCAUUUCUGUCUUAAAUGAGACAGCCCUUAUUUUUAAACUGAACUCUUCCCCAGUUCCCAAUCAUAUGAUAAGGCUAACUGUUCUUACAUUAAUGGUUGGGAUAUGGCAGACACAAUCAGGGAUUAGGAGCUAUUGACAAGAGCAAGACUCAAUGAAAAUGGAAGAAUGCCAGUCUUUUUGCCAACUCUAAAUAAAAUUGAGAGGCCGUACCAGGUCUCGGUUAUGUUUAUUACAUUGUUCCUCUACAACAUCAGUAUCACUACACAGGCAAGAACCCUUUGUUCCUGUCAUUUCACCUCACCUUACUGAGGAGAUUGAAAAUCACAGUGCCUAGAAAGUUUCAUCUGAAUAAAUUUCCUGCUCUUCAUUACCUUUUUAUCAGAUUGAGUUCCCUUAGUUUAUAAAGCUUGUGCAGGUAAAAUGUGACAUCCCUCAAAGUCUUAACAUAACUCGUUUACACUGCGAAUAUUGAAUGGAAAUCCUGUGAGAACUUUGCAGGAGCCAAAUGUGAUGAGUUUACAUAGCAGUCCAAACAGCUUCCUUCCAAACAGCUCACCUCAAUUUGCAUUAAUUUAAUACGUGAGCACCUAGAAGAAUGUUUGCUAAACUCUGAACUCUACAGGGUAACCUUAGCAGGAAUCUAAACCUCUUAUUUAUCAUGGAGCACUCUCUCUGUCUAGUCUGACAUUUUGAAGUCUAUUUAUUUGACUCUAACACCAGACUGAUACAGACGCCUGUUGGGAGACAGAGACCUCAGCUCACACCCUCUGUCCACCAAAGUGCCCAGGAUUGGGCCCUCGUUGCACAUAAUGUCCCAGAAUUUCCAGCACAUGACACCAAAUCCAAACACAUCCACUCAGCUCUCAAUAGGCUCUGAAUCAUGGUCUGUGUUUCAUCUGUUUACUGUUUGUUACUCGGCAUUUCGCAUUAUUGCACAAUAGAACAAUGAUUUUUAUCUAUUGUGAAGAUAUAUCUGAAAAUAAAGACUUUUUAAGCAAUGAG